ACCCCCCACCCUGCAUCAGCCAUCAAACAGUCAUGUGAUGCAAAGGGGUGCUAUGGAAUGUGGUCAACUGACCCCUAAAUCUGUACGUCAGGUCAUCAUUCUCCGACAUCCAGGGGUUGGAUUUGGAUUCGUAGCUGGCAGUGCACGUCCAGUUGUGGUGCGAUCCGUUAUUGCAGGAGGACCCUCAGAGAAUAAAUUACUUUCUGGAGAUCAAAUUCUGGCAAUUAACCAGGAAGAUGUGAGUGAGGCUUCACGAGAGAGAUUCAUAGAGCUGGUCAGAAAUGCAAAGGAGUCAAUCACUCUGACUGUGGUUCAUCCUCACCAGUCUCCAAAAUCAGCUUUCAUCAGUGCUGCUAAGAAAGAAAAACUUCGUUGUAACCCAGGACGAGUCCGAUUUUCUGAACUGGUGUCUGUGGGUGAGACAGAGGCAGACAUGUUGAAGAUGAAGGAUUCUCCACCUCUCCUCCUGAUUCCCAAUGUUCUGAAAGUGUUCCUAGAAAAUGGACAGAUCAAAUCAUUCACCUUUGAUGGGCGUACUACAGUAAAGGAUGUAAUGGUCACACUCCAAGAUCGUCUAUCUCUUCGUCAUCGUGAUCAUUUCUCUCUGGUCCUCGAAUAUACUGCAUCGGAUCAAAAUCAGAAACUAUUAUUGUUACAAGAGAAGCAACCACUGGCUCAUGUUGUACACCGCACUCAUUAUCAAGGGAUGCGAUGUUUGUUCAGAGUUUGUUUCUUCCCUAAAGAUCCAACUGAAAUUCUGCAUUCCGAUCCAGCUGCCUUUGAAUAUCUUUAUAUACAGAGUCGCAAUGAUGUCAUCAGGGAGCGACUUGGAACAGAGCUGAAGCCAGAGCUGCUGCUUGGACUUAGUGCUCUACACAUAUACAUCAGUGUCAGUUCUUCUCGCCCAGGACAAAAGAUAUCAUUGCGUGGAGUAGAGAAGGAAUGGGGUUUGGAACCAUUUCUACCACCCUCACUCUUGCAGGGAUAUAAGGAGAAGUCUCUGCGAAAGGCACUGGCGCAGCACCUUAAAAUUCACCAGAAUCAACUGUCUGGAAACAAGGUGUCUAUCACUCAAGCAAAACUUCGCUAUCUCCGCAUUCUUAAUGAGUUACCAACCUUCACAGGUGUCCUGUUCAACACAGUGGGCAUGGAUGAAAAGACUCCAGCAACCACACUUCUGGUUGGUCCACGUCACGGCAUCAGCCAUGUUAUUGAUCUGAAGACCAAUCUCACAACAGUUUUGUUUGAAUUCAGCCAGGUGACAAAGGUUCAGUUGUUCAGAGAAUCGCAAGGGGUGGCACGUGUGGAAACAAGUGUUACUGAUACCAAGUCACUUGUGUUGCUCAUGGAUUGGCCCGAGGCUACUAGCUUUGCAUGUUUAAUUGCUGGAUAUUACAGACUUCUGGUGGACCCUAAGAAAGGAAUCUUCUACAGAGCAGCAGGUCAUUUGCCCCCACCACAGAUUAUCAAGGCAGAUCACCUCAGUGUGCCCACAGUGUCACGCAUACCGCCCUCAGCCAAGGCACCACCCUCCUCCAGCCAUCCUUCAGAAUUCCCCAACUCAAAGGUCUCAAGCACAGGUCUACCUUCCACCCCCAAGGGCCCGAAGCCUAUCAGUUUGUGCUACCUCCACCUACAGGGAAAGGAGGGAAGAGAUGUCAAUCAGAACCUUGUCACAGAGGAGGCUCGGCCAAGAACAAAGUCUGACCCCACUCCCAAGGGGUUAUCAAGUGAACCGGGCACGUCAGAAUCAGUUAGUCCGACCGAAGUCAGCCGGUCCCGUUCCUUCACUAUGGACACCCAGGUGAAGCUGGAAAACAUAGAGUUCUACUGUGAUUCUUGCAAGGCUAAGAUGAAAAAUCGACUUGGGGGUAGUAAUGGGGGUAUGAAAUGCUCAAAUCCAUGUGGCAUCUCUACAUGCAAAGAAAAUAUAGUGGACCUCAUAUCUUUGCCACCUCCUGAACAUAAAAGAGGGAAAGAAGAAGAAGAGGAGGAAGAAGAAGAUGAAGAGGAAAAAGAACGGGAGGAUGAGGGAGAAGAGGAUACAAGGGAAAAAGACGUAAGGGAGACUGUAUCACUACUUCCUACUGCAGCUCCACCUCCACCAGGUUUUGGUGACAACAGUUCUGAUGAGGAAGAAUCUAAGCAACAGGAUGGGAAAGGGCAGGAGAAGGGCAAGAAUCAGGAGAAGAGCAGUGUAAUCCUGGGAGCUAGAUAUGAAGAGUUGCCAGUCACUUUGAUAGACAACGUCCAGACAAGGACAGUUAGGGACCAUGCAAGGGAUCUGGAUGAUGCUCUGGUGUCUACCCUGCAAGCUCUGGAGGCUCUUGCUGCUUCUGAGGACUUUCCCAGCCCAGCCCCCCAACCUUCAACAGGCCUCAUUGUCCUUGCUGCCAUUACACCUGAAUCCUCCCUUGACUCUGGUCAUGAAACAAACUCAUCAGAACUGACUGAUAUAUCAGAGAUGGUGUCAGCCAUGAAGCAACAUCACAACACUGCCUACUUCUUGACACAUCAUCUUAAUAAGGAAAGUAUUCUUUCAAGAAAGGAUCUCCCUUUCAGAAUCCAGACCUGUACUGCACAAGCAGUACUCACUUCUCCUUACCCUUUGGGUUGCAAAGAGACCAGUCCACUUGUCAAAACCACAUUACAACAAAAUAUUGGAGGGCCAGACUCACAGCAGGAGUCAACCAUUUCAACCACACCACUAUCCAAUUCACCCCAUAAUUUAAACAAUGAUAUCUCGCAAGUUAUAUCCCCUAGCAAGCCUAAGGAAGAUCCAAAUUUGAAUGCAGUGCCAGUGACCAUAAAAACUCCUCAAAACACAUCAAAUAAGAAAACUAAACCCACUUUAACAGCCACUGAUGGGCCUUCAGAGCAGAGCUUGCCAUUCCCAAUUCUAAAGAUACCAAGUAGUGGAGCAUCACCCUGGAAGGAAGGUAAUGUUAGGGAGAAUUUACAGUCUCCUGAAAGUCCAUGUGGCUGUCAUUUUUCAAAAAGAGAAUCAUCUACAAACAUAUUGGAUGAGCCUAGAAAUGAUGUGCUUCAUCUAUCCCCAACAGAUGAUGAGAGACUCCAUGCCAAAGCAUGCUCUGCUCGAAGUCUAGAGGAGCAACACCAAAGUCACAAAAUAGUUGAUAAGCAGGAGAUGAUCAAAUCCCAUGUGGAUUCUGCUGGUUCUGUCAUCACAGAACAAAAGGAGUUAUCUGAGAAGACCGUAAAAGCAAAUGAUAUGCCAGGUUCCAUAGUUCGAAGUAUAGACAAUGCAAAAGUAAUGAUCAAACAAGACAAAGAUAUCACUACAGGUUCACAAGUAAUGGAAAAAAUGCCUGCUUCAAUAAAGCUGGAGGAUUGUGAUGCCCCAGCUAAACCUAGAACUCGGGUGCCAUUCAGGUUUCGGAACCUCUUUUCUGCCACAUUUCCUACACGUAUGAGGAGAGAGACUGAUGAGCGUCAGGCUCAAUUACGUAAGGUUAAACAAUAUGAGAUGGAGUUCCUAGAGGAACUAUUAAAACCACAAGGUAAGGUAAGCACCCAACGCAAGGAAAUUUCUCACCCAUUAGUGCCUGGUCGUUGUUCUUGUCAGGUCCGAAGCAGUCCUCUACAAAAGGUGCCAGGCAUGUCUCGUGAGCAAAGACGGAGCUGUGACUGUAAACGCAUUAUAAGAGGUAUCAGAGUGCCUGUCAACCCUCCUAUAGAGCAAGAGCCCAGAGUAAGACAAAGUACAGCAUCCCCAGGACUACGCUUAGUGCGCUCUGCCAGUCUGGAGUCACGAGGUACUGAGAAGACAAAUUUGUGUCUGAAGACCUGUGCUACACAGGAUGAAACUUCUGUUCAUUAUUCAAAAUUGACACAGAGACAUGCUGAAGGUGAAAAGAGAGAAGUUUCAUCUAAUCUCCCUCCUCCCAAGAUUCAGAAAAAAGAAAGUGAAAGCACUGUGUUGAAAAACAAAGUGCCAGAAAUGUUGAAUAGGGAAGACAGAAAAACUCCUGUUAUCAUUCCACGACAAGAGGAAAUAUUUUCCAUGCAAGCAAAAAUACCUGAAGAAGAAGGGGCAGUUUCCGGAGAGAAGUGCUGUUCCAUACGUCACUGCUUUACGUGUCGGAGAUGCUCCUCUGCAGAAGACAGCAAUGAGAGGGAUGAGCUGUCCUAUUCCAUUCCAAUGCAGAUCCUGCCAGGCAUGAGGCUGAAUGCAGAGGCCACCCCAGUAGUAAGUCAAACUCUUCAAGUUCUAGAUGCCACUGUUUGUAGUGGCAGUGAAGCUAGUCAAACUCAGGAGAUUGACCUCCGAACUGCUACAAUUGAGGGUAGCUUGGCAAAAGUUAAUGCCUUACGUGGACACUGUUAUUCCCUUCCUGAUGGAUUCAUGUCAGUGCAGCUUGACACUAGUGAACUACUUACAGUAUUACGCCAGUGCUUAGUUAGCCCUGAAGCAGGAGAUCCCAAACUCGAUGCUGUUAAUCUGAACCAACACAAGCAGGAGCUGACCUUGCGCUUCAAGGAGUUCCGAGCCUCUUGUAGGAGGAUGGCUGGAGUAGAUAAAAGUCCACAGCACAUGCUAACUGCUGUUGCUUGCAGUUUCCAGGUUCUGUGUGGUCUCAUAGAGACUUUUGUAAGAUUGGUCUUUGUGGUCCGUUCAGACAGUCAACGGCAAGAACUCCUAGGAAAAGUGGAAGAGGUUGUUAGAAAUUAUACCUUUUUGCUCAGGGCAGCAGAGGAGUCAAGUGUACGGACAUCAAGUCAGAGUCGAACUGUGGUGGGUCAGCUAGCCAAGCAAUCAGCCACAGUAGCCACAGCGGUUAGUACUUUCUCCCGUUCCAUCAAAACACUUAUGAGCAAAUAGAGAGAAAAAACAUUUAGGAAUGACUGGAUUGUUAUACUUGCUGGAGAGUUUAAAGUAUUGUCUUGUCUGCUAAGCCUUUUUGAAUCCACAGCCUUCUAUUAAAAUAUAUUGGGACUUGGUUAACUUCCAAGAAGACGAAGAUAAAUAAUUGCCUAUUAAGUGUAAGAGACUGAAAUGAACGUAAAUGCCUUUUACUGGUGAAUAUAAUUAAAUGUGACUAAUCUCUUCAAAAUGUUAAAGGUGGUAGAGAGAUAUGAGAAACUGAUAGGAAAUUACAUCGUGUUUAUAUCUUACCCGUUCCACUGUGACAUGCUCUGCUUCUCACAUAUUCUCUUCCAGAAAGUGAGAUUAAUGUAUCUUAAAAAUCUCAUGUGAGGAAAGUGAAAGUGUGAUUAAAGUGGCAUGACCCCCUCAAGUCCAGAUACCUCUUCAUCGAGGUUAAUGCAGUAGAUUCGCUCCAAACAAGGAAUAUUACCUGUAGCUAGUUGUAUUCCAAGCCUUGGGCAGCUUGACUUUUUCAGAAAUGUAAGGGAGAUAUUAACAAAACGGGGGGGGGGGGGGUGUAUGAAGCUGUGCACAAGUGAACCUUGCUCCAAACAAUUUGGGAUUUAUCAACUAAACUUUGAGUUUUCAUCCAAGUUUAAGAAAAAAUGUAUGCAAUGCUCAAUUUAUGUUAAUCAUUUCUACCUCACCUGGAGGUAUUUGCUGGCUGGAAAAGAAGCAUCAUAGAGUUGCGUUAAUUUGAACGGAGGUCGCCCAAGUAUCUCAGAUGUUGAUUGAGAAUUACCUAACAAGCAAUCACACAAAACAUUAAUGGUUGUACAUACUUCCAUACAGUAUACUAGAAUUUAAAUUAAUAAAUAAAUUUAAGGCAAGUAUUUAGUCCAAAGAUCCCACUAAAUCAGGAAAGCUUUUGACUGAUGUACAGGGAGAAGGGGUUACAAAAGCAAACAGUCCAAGGUACUUGCUCCACAUGUUUCCCCAAUCCAGUACACAAGGAUUAAAUAUAUCUGUUGGUGUGGCCAGAGCCAGCCUCCUUCCUUAUACUAAUUAAUAUAUUGUAAAGCCCCGAACCCGAUAAUACUACUAAACAAGAUUGGGUAUACUCAGUCUGGAAUACUAGAUGUUCUACCAGUCUGUAAUGAGUUUCAAAUUGACCAAAGAACCCCCAAAAGAGAGAAUACAUGGAUUCUGUAUGACCAGUCCUUCAUACUACAAUAAAAGAAAUAAUGAAAAUAAGUCCUUACUCUUACAAAUGUAUGAGGACAGGAGUAUUUUUCCUAACAUUUACCUGUAAAAUAAAUACUUGUAAUUGAAUUACCAUAAUAAAUGCUUCUGAAUAUGCAGUGGAAAGUAUACACCCCAUACGACAUAAUGUGAAUUGUGAAUGGCUGUUUACACUCACAAUAUCUGAUUCUGUCUCAUUCUAAAGUAGCGACUGAAUGACAGUGGAAAUGUCCUGGGAUAUGUAUGCUAUGAACUGUAACAUAGGAAUAUGAAUUCCCCUGUACAACUGGGAGACACCUUUUUUCAUAUCAAUUGCAUUAAAUUACUUUUUUU